AUGGAUCUUGGUCUAUGCAAUCUAACUUCCUCUCAGCUUCCCUCGCUCAUAAGAUGCUUUCUUAUUAAAAGAAAAGAAACCCAGAGGCCAUGCCCUUCCCAGCUCUUUGAUCAGCCUGUUUACUUCUCCGGCACGGAAUCAAACGACAGUCAUUCAAUGACAUACGACGUCUUCCUGAGUUUCAGAGGCGAGGACACGCGAUUCAACUUUACUGAUCAUCUGCACAGUAAUUUAACUCGAAAGGGAAUUAGAACCUUCAUAGAUGAUGGUCUUAAGAGAGGGGAAGAAAUAUCACCGGCCCUACUCAGAGCGAUCGAAGAGUCGAAGAUUUCCAUCAUCGUGUUCUCCGAAAACUAUGCAUCUUCGAAGUGGUGCUUGGAUGAACUCGUCAAGAUCCUUGAGAGUAAAGAAACAAGGGAGCAAAUAGUUUGGCCUGUUUUUUACAAGGUGAAUCCGUCGGAUGUACGGCAUCAAAGGGGCAGUUUCGGUCAGGCACUUGCUGACUAUGAAUGCGAGUUCAAAGAUGACAUGGAGAAGGUGCAAAGAUGGAGGAGAAGUCUUACGAAAGCAGCCAAUCUGUCCGGAUGGUGUUUCAUCAACGGGCAUGAAUCAAAAUUUAUUGACAACAUCGUUGAAGCGAUUUCAUUACAAGUAUUAAACCAUGCGUAUUUGAAUGUAGCAAAGUACCCAGUUGGAAUAGAGUCUCGUGUGCGCGAGAUAGACAAGCUUUUGGGCGUUGGAGGAAACGGUGUUCGCAUGGUAGGGAUAUGGGGCACUGGUGGAAUAGGUAAGACCACAAUUGCUAAAGCUGUUUAUAAUUCCAACGCCCAUAUGUUUGAAGGUAGCUGUUUUCUAGAUGAUGUUCGAGAAAGAUCAAUGCCGUAUGGAGGCUUAGUCAAACUACAAAGUAUUCUUCUUUCUGAGAUUCUAGGGGUGAAAGAAGUAGAGGUGACCAAUGUUGACAAAGGAAUCAAUAUGAUAAAGAAAAUGUUGAAUGGUAAGAAGCUUUUCUUAGUUCUUGACGAUGUGAAUCAUUUGGACCAAUUAAACAAAUUAGUUGGAGGGUCUGAUUGGUUUGGUUCAGGCAGCAGAAUUGUUCUAACGACAAGAGACAAGCAUUUGCUAAUUGCUCAUCAAGUCAAUCUUAUAUAUGAGGUUGAGAAGUUAAAUCAUCAUGAGUCCUUAAAGCUCUUCACCAGUUGGAAUUCAUUUUCAAGAAAUGGACACUUAAAAGAUGAUUAUGCGAAACUUGCAAACAAUGUAGUAGACUAUGCUGACGGUCUUCCAUUAGCUCUGAUGGUUUUGGGUUCACAUCUAUGUGGUAGAAGUAUUGAUCAAUGGAAAUAUGCAUUAGAUGGUUACAAAAGAGUUCCUAACCGAGAGAUUCAAGAAAUUCUCAAAAUAAGUUAUAAUGCACUAGAAGAUGCGGUGAAGGAAGUUUUCCUUGAUAUUGCAUUUUUCUAUAAAGGUCUAGGCGAGAAUUAUGUGAUACAAAUGCUAGAAGGUUGUGACCUGAACCCUAAGUAUGAUCUUGAAGUACUCGUGGAAAAGGCUCUUAUAAAUAUUACGGAAGAUGGCUGCAUUUGGAUGCAUGACUUGAUACAAGAAAUGGGUAAAGAAGUAGUUCGCCAAGAGUCACCAACUGAGCCCGGAAAACGUAGUAGGUUGUGGUUUCAUGAGGAUGUUUACCAUGUUUUAACAGAAAACACAGGAACGGAUAAGAUCAAAGGUAUUAUGGUGAAGUUGCCUGCUGGGCUUGAGUCAGAUGAGGUAUGUUUGAAUGCUGAAAGCUUCUCAAAGAUGAAAAAUCUUCGACUUUUUAUAAAUCAUAAUGCGCGCUUGUCUGGAGAAGUUGAUUAUCUUCCCAAUGAGUUGAGGCUCCUUAGCUGGCCUGAAUAUCCGUCACAAUCUUUGCCAGCCAAUUUUAAUCCAAAGAAACUUGUUGGUCUUGCUUUGCCUCGCAGCUGCAUUUUACGACUGGAUUUGGAAUUCAAGAGUUUGAAAUUUAUAAAUGUGGAGCACAGCAAAUUCCUAAGAAAAACCCCCGACUUCUCUGGAGUCCCAAACUUGGAGAAGUUGAAUCUAAAGUAUUGUACAAGUUUAGUUGAGCUUCAUCCUUCUGCUGGAUUCCUUCAUAAGCUUGUUAACUUGAGUCUUACGGGAUGCCGUAGUCUUACUCUGUUUCCAAGAAUUGUCAACUUGAAAUCUCUGCUGUUGUUGGAUCUUGAAGGUUGCAUAAGUCUUGAGAAUUUUCCUGAAAUUAAGGGGAAGAUGGAAUCUUUGAAAUACCUGGAUCUAUCAGAGACUUCCAUCAAAGAAUUGCCUUCAUCGUCAAUUCGACAUUUCACUCGUCUCGAGAAUUUGUAUUUAGCCGGAUGUAAAAACCUUACAAAUCUGCCAUGCAGCAUUUAUGAGUUGAAGCACCUAAAGGCAAUUUCUGUCCUUAGAUGCUCAAAAUUGGUUUCAUUUCCUAAAAUGGCGAAGUCUGAAGAUUCAGGGAGUGCAGAAUCACUUGUGACUCUUCAUGGAGGCAAUUUAGCGUUUCCCAAGCUAUCUAAAUUCUCUGUGGGGGGAUCCAAUCUUUUAGACAUUGCCGAUUUCCUUCUGACUCUUGAUUGCAUGACCACAUUAACUAUACUUGAUCUAUCAGGACGCAAUUUCGUUAGUCUUCCUGUAUGCAUUAAUAACUUUGUCAACUUGAUUGAUCUUCGGUUGGUUAGUUGCAAGAGACUUAGAGAAAUUCCAGAUCUUCCACAUGCAUUGCAAAUUUUAGAUGUCAGUGAUUGCUUAUCAUUGGAAAGAGUUUCAAAAUUGUCCAACCUUUUGGAACGUAAAGAGUCUCAAAUGUUCAGGGUAAUGAGAUUGACUAAUUGUUGGAGACUGCGUAACAAUCUGGUUCGAAUUGCAAAGAAGAAAAAUAUGGUCAUAAAUCAAGUCAAUCUCUUCUCUCUCUCUCUUGUCUCUCCCAACUUCUGUCCAGGUUCAAUUUCCGGGAAGGGGAAUUCCGAAGUGGUUCAGUUAUCGUAAGGAUUUGAAGGAUCUUCGCGAAUGUCAAUUCUCUAUUAAAACCCCUCAAAAUUUCAAUUGGGAGAACAAAGGAAUUUCUUUUUGUGCUUUUCUUGAAAAGACCAAAAAUAGGUUACGUCUUGAUAUUAUACCCAGCAUCAGGGAGUUUGCUAUUGAUAUGUACGUCAAUGAAGCAUGCCCUAGUAAUAUUUAUCUAACAGGGAAAGACUCGAGUUUAGUGUGGCUGUCAUAUGUCCCUUUCCAUGAUAUGAUGUCGACAAUGGCACGCACGGAAAGAAAUGUGAAAAGAACAAGGGUGAUGCCGCCUUAUUUGCCUACAAUCCGAGUUCAUUUUGUGCGUAUUAGCAAAGCUGUGAAAAGCUGCGGAGUCCACCUAGUAAUGCCACCAGGAUGAAGACCUCAGUAUAGAGGCAUGGGUAUGUCCAGGAAGAUACCAAUCAAUCAAUCCUCCAAAGGGAAAGGACAGUAGCAUUCAAAUGUGAUUGGGAUGAUAAGGAUUUGCAUCCUUCUUACAAGCUGUCAUUCUCAAGCCCGUGGGUAGAAUUCAGUGAUCUAUAUUUGUGAUUGUUGUGUUAAUUCCACAUGAUUGGUUUCUUAGACUUCAAUUGAGUUUUGAUUGAAUGGUGGAUGUUGGAAUGGUGCAGUCUUGCUGCAUGCAAGAUGAGAUAAGAGGAGAGGAGACUGGUUUGCACCCUUUUGUUUCAGAGUAGAUGAUGUCCACUUGGAUAUACCGUAUAAAGUUAUACUUCCAGAGCACUAUUGUUUACAGAUUAGCAAUUGUGCCACAUGGAACUCCGAGUUUGUGAUCCCUUAGUGUUCUGGUGCUGCUAUUCCUGGUGGCUUACAUGGUCUUGCUUUUCUUUUCGUGCAGCUGCUCCAAUGGUUUCCUGGCUGUCUUUACUUUUUGCUGUUUGGUUUUGUAAAUGAUUUGUUACUGGUGUGGUGAUUCUACUGUCCUUCCUUCAGUUUGGGGUUGCUAGUAUUGCAGUCCCUAUGGGUUGGUCUCCCCUUGGUGCGCCACUGUUUUUGGCUUGUUGCUCUUCACAGUUCCUGUCUUUUGACCUGCUUUUAUGGUUAGUGCAGCCUUGCUGUAUUAUUAAAGUGUGUUGCUGGCUAUAGACUUUGUUCUUCCUGCGGCUGCGUUGUGUUUUUUUUAUAGCAGAACAGAUUGCUGUUUGGCUCAGCCUUAUUUUCUCCUUGGUGUUGCUGCAUUAGUUCUCCUAUUUGUUGUUGGUUAGGGCUUUGCAUGUUGCCUCAUGUUGGGGAGAGAAAGACGGAAAUUAAUGAAGCUGUUGUUCCAGAAGAAAUUGAAACCUCGUCCUUCAUUUGAUGUAGAUACUAGUGGACUUAAAGAAAGGGGGUGCAGUCAUCAACCCCAACAAUGCUGUCCAAGUUCAAGAGUUGUUUUUGCAAGUUUAAGAGGGGCUUUCACAAAUGCAACUACUGCUAAUGAGGCAGUAUAGCUCGGGUCUUGGCCCCCUACCACACAGGCGAGACAAUCCCUAGUGAUUAUUCCUGCCCCCGCAUCACAAACACAAUCCAAGUCGAUAUUUUUCACUGAUUUCUCUGGUAGGAGCAAAGUGCAUUUAUUUAUGGGUUUCCUCAAGUCUUCUUUCGGCUUUGAUUUAACCACUGAUUCUUGUACUUCCAAAAAAACUUUGCGGCUCCAGUUGAUGCUUGUGUUAUGACAGGCAUUGGAUUCACUUGCAGACCUCAAAAUACACUUUCAGAAUGGCCUUCCAGAUAGCCCAACACACACAGGAGAUAAUGAUGACAUUGGUCAGCCUGAUAGGCAAUGAAAUCAUGCAGAGGAAGAAGAAUGAAUCGAAUUUAACUGUCUCAAGGUUUGGUAUUUUGGAAACAACUUUGAGUCUUUUCUUAUUGCUGCGGUGGUGCUUGACAGAAAGGCAUUGGGGGACUUGAGACCAGAACAUGCUUCGACCUGUUAUUAUGGCUAAACCUAAAGGCAAGAAAAAAACAUUUUUGAUGAGCACAAAAGUAAUGUUCAGAAACACCAUACUCAUGCCCUUUUGCUAAUUGCAUGCUUGCUGACGGCUGAUGUUUACUUGUCAGAAUUCAGAAACACCAUGGCUGAGCUUCGAAUUUUCUAGAUGUAAAGGGUCUUCAUUUGGAACCAAACGGUCCAAAUCCCUUGAGACAUUAAAUUUCAAAACACAUCCAUAGCCAUGUCAUCAUCCUUGAUAGUGCUCCCAGCUGGGGUGUUGCAACUUUGUGACUUGCAUAUGAUUGGUUGGAUGAACUUGUCUAAUUGCCGGAGACUCUGUGACAAUCUGGCCGGUGUGGCAAAGAUGAAAAAGAUUGUACUGUGUCUGGUUGUUCUGUCCUCUCUGUUUCUCUCCCAACAAUCUGUGUUUGAUGUUGUGUUUCCAGGAAAUGAGGUUCCAAAGUGGUUCAGCUGUUGUAGGGAUUUGAAGGAGCGUAGUGAAUUUGAAGUUGCUGUUGAAAUCCCUCCCAAUUUCAAAGGGUCAAAAACAGGGUUGGCUCUCUGUGCUGCUGUUGAAAUUAAGCAAAACAGGUCUGGCAAUUGUUGCUUGAUAGCCAGAGUUAACAUGGAUGAAGAAUGCUCUCAUGAACAUGCGGUUUAUUUCGAUUCGAAAGAGAGAAGUCAGCUCACCUGUGGCUGUAUUAUCCCAUUCCAUACAAUGAUAGCCAAGACAAGAAGUGGCUUGCCACCUUAUAAGUUCCAAGUUAGUUUUGAGCUUACCAUCAAAGGUUCAGUCUUUUUGGAAAGCUGCGGAGUCCACCUAGUGAUCAAGGAUGAUUUGCCAGUGCCCAAAACAAAGUUUUUCCAUAGUCAUUGCCUUCAAAUGUAAUGCUGGGCGAGUCCCAUUUGAUUCUCCCUCUCUCUCUCUCCCCCCUUGUUUUUCGUCUUCCUUCUAAUUAAAUUGUAUUUCUUUCUUCUUUUGUUGUUGAAGAAAAGAGUUCCAAUAACAUAUGAUGUUUAUUA